CUUUCAGCGAUGAUAUUGCCGAUAAUCUUCACCGCCUUACCGAUUGUAACCCUCACACUCGUCAACUGUGACCUCAUUAACCUUGACGACAUUUGGACCUCGACAUCGACAUUCCAUCGUGACCACGACUAUGCCCUAAUUGGUCACGUGAUAAAGACCCUGCCUUUGUUCAUUACCGACUGCCUGGUAGCUUGCCAGGAAACGCUAAGGUGUUUCUCAGUGAACUACAUUAAUUUUCACAAUGGUACGUAUAAUUGCGAGUUGAAUUGGUCAAACAAGAAACAAAGCAAAGACUCGUUUGUGAGAAGAGAAGGCUAUGAAUAUGCUGAACCAGAGACUUUUCUGCAUUGUGAAGGCGAAUUGUGCGCAAAAAAGGAAGAUGGUCGGUAUUUCGGAGCAUGGAUUGGAUUGAAUGAUAUCGACAAGGAAGGUACCCUACAGUGGUCUGACAAUAAACCGCUGACAUACACGUCUGCAGUACAAACUCAGGACCCUGGUAGUGACUGCGCGUACUUGAGAAAAGACAAGGGUUCGAUAACAACUUGGAGCUUUGAGUCAUGUUCCGAAGAACAUUCAUUUAUUUGCGGAAAACUUUAA